AUGAUAUUGGUUACGGUUUCUAAUGGUGGUGAUGGUGUUACUGGAAUUGAAGGAGGUGGAGGAAGAGGCCGGAGUGGUGGUGGUGUUGCUUCCUUGCUGGAGUGUAAUGGUAGUGAUGGUAUUGCUGGGACUGAAGAAGGUUUAUACUGGGGAGCUGGCGGAGGUGAUGUUAGUGGUGGCGGUGGUGAUGGAGGUGUAUUGGUGAUGCUGGUUAGAGAUGGUUGUGGCGUCAGCGGAGGUGGUGGUUCUGGUUGUGGCGGCGACAGAAGUGUUCUGGUUGUGCCGGUGAUUGUGACGAUGAUGGUGAUGGUGGUGGAAGGCGACGAAAUGAGGUGCUGUCAUCAACGGUGA